AUGUGGAAGCCGUCAAGAGUCCCCAUCCGCACCCAGAAUGCCCCCCUCCCCCCUCCCUUCCUCUCCCAGGGCAUCGUCGUCGGCAACAUGGUCUACUGCUCCGGGCAGGUGGGCGUGGAUCCCGCCACGGGCAAGAUGGUGGAGGGCUCCAUUCAAGAGAGAACGAAACAAAUCCUCCGAAAUCUCAGCGCCGUCCUGGAAGCCGGAGGCUCGAGUCUCCACGAUGCCGUAAAAGUGAACAUCUUCCUGGCCGACAUGAACGACUUUGCGGCCGUCAAUGAAGUUUACAGUUCAUCUUUUGUGGACCCCAAGCCCGCCCGGACAUGUGUCGCCGUCAAGACAUUGCCUCUGGGAACGGACGUGGAGAUUGAAUGCACCGGAGUGGUGAGAGUGCCGAACCGGGGCUCUCGUCUCUGAAUCAUGCAGUUUCCAUUAUGCAUCCCGGGUUCGUGAGCACUUAAAUCACCGCUGCAGGGGUAAUGCAAUGUGAUCUGUGAUGUGCUUAUAUGCAGAUGAUUUGCAUUUUGGCUGAAUGUACAGUUAGAACCUCUUAUCUGCACACCAUACUCGAUAGACAAAUUUGCGAUCCCCGCUCUCUCUCUCUCUCUCUCUCUCUCUCUCUCUAUGCAUGUGCAAUGUACAUCACGGGUAACCGAGCUUGGGUGCGACGAGAUACCGAUCAUGGGACGCAGCAGGUGACCGGAUCGAACCUUGUACUGGGGGGGGGGGUUCUUCUCAGUUCUCAGUUCUGGGGCCUCCAUUAUUUAAACGAUCGAUCCCAGUCUGUUUCAGAUCGGCUGGGUCGGCCAGGGCAAAGUUUAUCCACGGCAGGACCAGAAACCG